AUGGGCGAAGCAGCAGUCAAAGAGGAUGGCACAGUCAUACGAUCAGCUGAGUACAUCGGCUCAUUUCUGGUGGAUGACAGCUGCCUGGACGACCAGAUUGAGCAACUGCACAGGAACCUGAAGACCCUGAAAACAUCCAAGAAGAAAAGGCCUGUAUCCCUAAAGUUCUCCAUCAAAGGUGUGAAAAUGUACAACGAGGAUGAAACGACUCUCUUGAUGGCCCACGCCCUGCGCAGAGUGUCACUGUCUACCGCAAGACCAAGCGACGCCCAGUUUGCAUUUGUCUCGCACAACCCAGGCAGCACCGACGCCCAGCUGUACUGCCACGUUUUUCGAGCCAGACACGCCAGAGCCGCGCAGUUCUUGAACCUUCUGCUGUGCCGCUGUUUCCAGCUGUCUUACCUGGAGAAGCACCCAGAAGAAGCCCAGGAAGUUUCUUCCGGCUCUGCACCCCGUCGUAAUCCGUCGCUGCUCAACCACGGUUUCCCACUCAGUGUUAGCGCCCUGGUGUCCUUCAGAAGAGCUCCGUUUCGGGGGUUGAUGUUCGGGUCUAAGAAACACAACAAGCCCGCUGAAGAGCAGCAACUUGGCAGCCAGGACGAAGUCUUUCCCUCGUCCUCCCCGUCCCUGGUGCGCAAGAAAGCCAUCCGCAGCAAAGCGCUGCGCUCCGGGGCAUACCGCUCCUUUACGUUCACGCCGCUCAAGCAGCGCCACGUCCAGGAGCGCCUCAGCGCAUCUCAAGAAAAGGACCACGAGAAGACCCCAGCAAGACGAUCCCGGGCCCCGAGCUUGGCCGAAACCGAGGAAGCGCUGGCUCAGGCAGUUUGGUGUUGGGGUGGUAUCGCAACUGACAGCAGCUACUCCCUCCUGGCUGAUGACGUUUUGGGUUCCUACCUCUUAUGCCCGCACCCCAAGAAACCCAAAAGUGGGUCCCUCAUCAUUCGAUUUCCAUCUGGCCUUGUCACCCACCUCAUCGAAAACACACGUAAAGGCAAUUUUCUUUUGGAGAAAUCCAAAGCCGAAUUCAGUUCCCUCGCAGAGCUGAUUGAACAUUACACGGAAAACCAAGAUGGACUGCCAUGCCGACUGAGCUGCGCCCGGGUCAACCACUGCUACGAGUGGGAGGAGGAAGACGCUACAGCGCCCAAGACCCAGGAGCGACGCAAAAGUCUGAACAAAAGUAGAAUGCAGAGGAUAGUGAAAGGAAUAGGGGUAAAAUUUGGGCACUAG